CAAAUGUGCAGUUCAAUCAAUUAAAACAAACAAAAUGCAGGCGCUACGCCACACGUGGACCUUGCGCGGCCUUCACUGGAGCUGCUGGAAGCGCUUUCUAACGCAAAGCUGCACUGGCAACGAGUAUUUGGAGUUGAGUAGCGAUGUAAAGCGUCGCAUAGAGACCCACUGGCGGGACCAGCUCAGCGGCGGACAGUUUAAUGCCAAGCAGCCGGCAGACAAGUACUACGUGCUCUCCAUGUUUCCCUAUCCCUCGGGCAAUCUGCACAUGGGGCACGUGCGCGUCUACACGAUCAGCGAUGCCGUGGCCCGUUUCCAGCGAAUGUGCGGCAAGAACGUGUUCCAGCCCAUUGGCUGGGACUCCUUCGGUCUGCCCGCCGAGAAUGCCGCCAACCAGCGGGGAGUGGAGCCGGCCACGUGGACACAGCAGAACAUAGCACAGAUGAAGCAGCAGCUGCAGCGACUGGGCUGCUCCUUUGACUGGACGCACGAGCUGUCCACGUGCAGUCCUCAGUACUACAGGUGGACGCAGCACCUCUUUCUGAUGCUGCACAAGCGCGGACUGGCCUACCAGAACGAGGCACUGGUCAACUGGGAUCCGGUGGACAAAACGGUGCUGGCCGAUGAGCAGGUGGAUGCAAACGGCUGCUCCUGGCGAUCGGGCGCCAAGGUGGAGAAGAAACUGCUCAAGCAGUGGUUCAUCCGGACCAGUGCGUAUGCCAAGCAGCUCCUAGACGGCUUGGACGAUCCCACGUUGCGCGACUGGAGGGACAUUAUCAAUCUGCAGCGGCACUGGAUAGGAGAGUGCAAUGGCUACGCCUUCACGCUGCUCACCUCCGCCUGCAACCUGUUGAGGGUGUGGACUGCCAAUCCGGAGCAUCUCAAGGAUCCGAAUGCCUUUCUCGUGCUCCGCAGCAAGCACUAUCUCGCUAAACUGUCGGGUGCAGGGGGCCUCAGUGUGGAGAAUCCAUUUGCUAGCACCACCAUUCCCGUGGUCUUCAGCGACGAGGCCGCCUUUCCAGCAGACUGCGAUGUCUAUCUGGCGGCUCCCAGCUUUCGAGCCGAGGACAGGGAGCUGUGGGACUCAUUUGGUCUGGCUAUCUGCGCAUCUGGAUCGGAAGAGACACGCCUCAAUCCAGGAAACUGGGAGCUGCUCAGGAAGGAGGUGCUCCAGGCAGCCACCCGACUGAAUGUUGGUGGCUAUCGAGUGUCCUCCAAGCUGCAGGACUGGCUGAUCUCACGACAGCGCUACUGGGGCACUCCCAUUCCCAUUGUGCACUGCCCAAAGUGCGGAGCAGUGCCCGUGCCCGAGGAACAGCUGCCAGUGACGCUGCCCAAACGGGAGUCCUCAGCCUCUGGGCAGGAUGUCCUGCUCUGCGAGUGUCCAAAGUGCGGGGAUCCAAAAGCGAAACGCGAGACUGACACCAUGGAUACGUUUGUCGAUAGUUCCUGGUACUACCUGCGCUUUUUGGAUGCCCACAACUCGGAGCGCAUCUUUGAUCCCACCCUCGCGAGCCAGUUCAUGCCCGUGGACCUGUACAUCGGAGGCAAGGAGCAUGCCGUGCUGCAUUUGUACUAUGCGCGAUUCAUGAACCACUUCCUGAACAACUGCGGCCUCUCGCCCACCAGCGAACCCUUCUCCCGCCUGCUGGUCCAAGGCAUGGUCAUGGGCCGCUCCUAUCGCCUCAAGGGCAGUGGACGCUACGUGCGCGAGGAGGAGGUGGAGGUAGUGAACGCCAAGAAGAACCAGGCGCUGCUCAAGGAGACCAAAGAGCCCGUGGUGAUGACCUGGGAGAAGAUGUCCAAGUCCAAGCAGAACGGCGUGGAGCCAGGCGAAAUGUUCGACCAGUACGGCACGGACACCACUCGCCUGAUUAUUCUCGCCGAUGUGGCACCCACCUCUCAUCGUAAUUGGUCGAGUGCAACCUUUCCUGGUAUACUAAACUGGCAGAAACGACUCUGGCUGACGCUGCAGGAGUUCCAGGCAGCACGCGAGGAGGCUUCCACAGAGGUGGAUGUCAGUAGCGAGCAGUUUCUGGCGGAGGAUGCCAAGCUCUUUGACGCCCGCAACUUCUACGUCAAGGGCGCCACAUUCAACUAUCGCCAUGCGCAUCAGCUGAGCGUGGCCAUCUCCAAGAUGCAGGGAUUAACCAACUCCUUGAGGCGCACGCCCAAGCACAUUCAGCGCCAUGGCAAGCAGUUUGAACGUGCCCUGGCUGCCCAAAUCAUCAUGCUGGCCCCCAUGGCGCCUCACUUUGCCUCCGAGCUGUGGUCCAAGUUUGUGUCCGUUAAGGGUCGACUGAACGACGCCAGCCAGGAGCUGCAGUGGGGAGAGGAUGUGCUGUCGCAGCGGUGGCCGGACAUCGAUGCCGCAUACAACCUGGACCUGAGCAUCAAGGUGAACGGCUUCGAGAACUGUGUGAUCAAGGUACAGCGCACGCUCCUGGACAAGGUGACGCACAGCGAUGCCAUGGACAUAGCCUUCAACACGGAGUCGGUGACCUCGUACCUCAUCGACAAGAAGAUACGGACCACCAAUUUCGUGCUGUAUCCGGGCAUCGAGGCCAUCCUCAACAUCUACGUGGACAAGGUGCAGAAGAAGGCGAAACCGGCAAGCAGCAGCGAUACGGACAAGGUGCUGGCAGAGUAGCUGCGUCCGAGACUAUGAUUACUAUAUUAUUAAGUGGAUGGGCACAGUUAUGGAUUAUGCGGAACUGGUUGGACCGGUUGCAUCGGUUGGGACCCGUGGAAAUGCAUUUCCGUUAGAUUGGUACUCUUUAAUCAUGUUUAAUGUUAAAUAUUUAUAAAAAUUGGACUAGUUGUAUGCCUGCGCUUUACAAGAUUGGUCUCUCGCGAGUCUCGGAUCGGAUGUAAAUGCCUAGGAUCAUUGGAAUAUAUAACGUUUGCAUGUCGCAUGUCGCGGGGUGCUCUUCUAA